AUGCUGACCGCACGCAGCGUCCUCAGCGCUGCCACGCGGCGCUCGGCCUUUCCCCGCCGCUUCGCCUCGCUCUCCGGCGCCAUCGACUCCUUCUCGAACGUUCUGGAUGGCGCCCUGGACACCAAGUCGUCGCAGUUCCAAGAGUCGCAGGCGCACAUGGCCACGCUCACCACGGAGCUGCGCGAGCGCGUCGCCACGGCGCGUCAGGGCGGCGGCGCCGUCACGCUUGCAAGGCACGAAGCCCGCCACAAGAUGUUCGUGCGCGACCGCAUCGACUCGCUCCUGGACCCGGGCUCGCCGUUCCUUGAGCUGUCGCCGCUCGCGGCCUGCGACAUGUACGACAACAGCGUCCCGAGCGCGGGGAUCGUCACGGGCAUCGGCCGCAUCAGUGGCCUCGAGUGUAUGAUCGUGGGCAACGACGCGACCGUCAAGGGCGGGACGUACUUUCCCCUCACGGUCAAGAAGCACCUGCGCGCGCAGGAGAUUGCGCUGGCAAACCGCUUGCCCUGUCUCUACCUCGUGGACUCAGGCGGCGCGUUUUUACCUCUACAAGAUGAUAUCUUCCCGGACCGCGAUCACUUUGGACGGGUGUUUUACAAUCAAGCAACCAUGUCGGCCCAAGGCAUUCCGCAACUAGCGGUCGUGAUGGGCAGCUGUACAGCUGGUGGGGCGUACGUGCCGGCCAUGUCGGACGAGAGCGUGAUUGUCAAGGGCAGCGGCACGGUCUUUCUUGGGGGACCACCGCUCGUCAAGGCGGCAACGGGAGAAGUGAUUACACCCGAGGAACUCGGAGGCGCUGACGUGCAUUGCCGCACGUCGGGCGUCACAGAUCAUUAUGCUAACAAUGAUGCGCAUGCGUUGGCAAUUGCGCGACAGAUUGUGAGUAAUUUAAACUACAACCGCAAACAAUCAGCUGUUACGCAAUUGCCGAGUGAAGAGCCACUGUACUCGCCCGAAGAGCUGGGCGGGAUCAUUCCUGUGGAUGCACGCAAGCCGUUUGAUGUACGGAAAGUAAUUGCCCGCAUUGUUGACGGCAGUCGUUUUGACGAGUUCAAGAAGGAGUAUGGCGCUACAAUUGUCACGGGGUUCGCUCGUCUGUACGGAAACCCCGUGGGUAUUAUCGCCAAUAAUGGCAUUCUCUUCUCCGAGUCAUCGGUGAAAGCUGCACACUUUAUCGAGCUGUGCUGCCAACGUGGUAUCCCGCUGCUUUUUCUUCAGAACAUUACGGGAUUUAUGGUUGGUAAGAAGGCCGAGCACGGCGGGAUUGCGAAAGAUGGUGCAAAGAUGGUCAUGGCGGUUGCUAACGCGAAAGUGCCAAAGAUCACGUGUAUCAUUGGCGGAUCGUACGGGGCAGGGAAUUACGGGAUGUGUGGUCGCGCGUUCUCGCCUCGCUUCUUGUACAUGUGGCCAAACGCUCGCAUUUCGGUCAUGGGUGGCGAACAGGCUGCAGGGGUGCUCGCUCAAGUGCAGCGUGACAACUACGAGCGUCGUAACGAGACGUGGUCAGAUGAGGACGAGGCAGCCUUCAAGCAACCCAUCCUUGACAAGUACGAAGUCGAGAGCUCGGCAUACUACUCCACAGCGCGUCUAUGGGAUGACGGCAUCAUCGACCCUAAAGAUACGCGCAAGGUGUUGGGACUCAGUCUCAGCGCUGCACUGAAUGAAGAGCCCCAGGAAACGAAGUUUGGCGUCUUUCGAAUGUGA